AUGAAAUACAUCUACCUUGCCUAUAUUGUUGCUGCCUACAUGAUUGUUGCCACCACGGCCCAGGGAACCUACACCACCAAAUAUGACAAUGUCAACAUCGAUGAAAUCUUGAAAUCGGAUCGUCUGCUUAACAAUUAUUUCAAAUGUCUCAUGGACAAGGGUAGCUGUACUCCAGAAGCUCAAGAGUUGAAACGUGCCGUACCGGAUGCCCUGCAAACGGAAUGCAGCAAAUGCAGUGAAAAACAGAAGCAGGCCAUUCAUAAGGUGGCCAAUUUCCUUAUCGAUAACAAGCCGGAACAGUGGAAGCAAUUGCAGGCUAAAUAUGAUCCCAAUAAUGUGUAUUUCAAUAAAUAUAGAAAUCAUUUGUAA